AAGGGAGCAAGUUUGCUGUUCGUCCUCGCUGUUACUGGUGUAUUCGUGGACGUGGAGGCUCUGGUUCCGAUCCCAAGCCGGGAAGUGGGCUUCGUCUACAAGUCAGGCAGCGCCGACGCGGCUGUGCGCUUCAACAUCUACAUCGACCUCAUCUGCCCUGCCAGCAUGCAGGCUUUUUCCACUGUAAAGAAAGUAGCUGACUAUUAUGGGCCCAGCGUGCUGAGACUAACCACAUAUCUCUUCCCUCUGCCAUACCACAGAAACGGAUUCUACGCUGCCAAGGGUGCCCACGCAGUCGCCAUGAUGACCUGUGGCAACUUGACCUACAGUUGGUUCGGACAUUGUCUUCAAAAACAUGGACUUCCUGACCAACUACGCCACCGCCAGCAUCUCAGACAAAGCAGUGGUCGACCUCAUGGUCAAGUGGAGAUGGACACUCGCAUUGGCUGGAAGUACUGCUGCACUAGAGGGGUGGCGUCAACUCCAACCUUUAUGGUCAACGACGUGGAGGUGUCAGCUGACCCAUCGUGGACAGAGAACGAGUGGCUAGAUGUCAUCAACCCGUUGCUUGGCAAAACUCAACUACAGCACAGAUGUCGGUCAACAUGACCUGUCUCUAUCCACCCGGCGAAGUGGAGUGCUACACCCCGGAAAAAUACUGCAUCCGGAACUUCGGGUGCAGACGCGAAACUCGACCUCACAGACUUUCUUCUUACCUUUGUUCCGAGUAAAUCAAGCUGCUGCCUGCACAAAACCCAAACCUCACCUCAAAGACCAUGUUCUGCUUCGCAACUUAUUUCCAUUUUUUUCAGCCGAAUUAAACCACCUAGCGUGAAUUUCUUUAAUCCGUUAUAUAAAUGUUUUAAUAAAAAUUCAGCCUGGUAUUGAUCUAGAAAGUCAUUUUUAGAAAAGAAAAUUUCCAGAAUUUCUGAGAAGUGUGGUUUUCUAUUUCUUCCCAGUUGCAGAUCGUUUUGUCUCCCUUCUCGAGAAAUAUCCCAUUUCACAUAUCACUUUGUUAUAAUCCGCAAUCCGAGGCUGAAAUCACAGUUUUGUAAUUCCAUUCUCCUUGCUUGUCUGAAAUCCCAAAUGUGACAUUAUCAACAAAUAAAGUUCUGUGAGAGCGAA